GGCUGAAAGAAACAGGGGAAAGGAAAGACGAGCCCCGGUGCUGUAGAAGAAUACAGAGUGAUCGUCGUUUCCGCCAGAUCAGGUCUAGCGUCCUUGUGCCCCCCAGAUCUUUUCCGCAAUUACGGAGCGAGCAUAUGAAGAUAUAACCCGUCCGAUUCCCUCUCUUUCCAACGAUCCCAUGAAGCCUAGAACUUCGGCUCGGACCUUGUCUCUAUUCAGUUCCCCGUUUCCCCUCUGUAGGUCAGUUGGUCGGAUACGGAGACGCCAUGCUUUCUCUUCCUCUUCCCCCGCAUCGUCGCCGUCGAAACAACGCCCUUGGCUUCGAGUCGCUGUCGUGACCAUCGCAGCAGCUGGAAUUGGUGCUUAUAUCAGGUCCCAAGAAGGAUCGAAAUCCACAACGCUGAACCCCAUCACAUUUACUCCAUAUUUCCUAGUUUCAAAAGAGCCGGUAUCGUCGACCGGUAGUAUUUUUACUCUCAAGGCGCCUAAGCCGGCCAGUGAUAAUUGUCAGGUCUAUGAUGAAGCAUGGAAGACGGGUGUCUGGAGUGUGAUGUUCAAACAGCCGCAGCUACAGAUUGGAAGAGACUAUACACCUCUUCCGCCUACGUCGGUCGAGGGAAAUGAGGAGUCGCUACGCUUCUUCAUUCGUAGGGACCCUUUCGGCGAAAUGUCCCGGUAUUUGCAUGGUCUUGAUAUGGGAACUCGCAUAGAGAUGCGUGGUCCGCAGAUUGAGUGUGAAAUUCCUUUAGAUACCCAGCAGAUUCUCUUCAUUGCCGGUGGAACUGGUAUCGCUCCUGCCUUACAGGCAGGACAUACGCUCCUUAGCCGCACAGACGGAACACAUAAACCGAGGAUACACAUCCUUUGGGCGAAUAGGCGACGGGAUGAUUGUGUUGGUGGUAUAAAUGAUAAUACCAUGACGUCUAGGUCGCGAGCGUCCUGGUUCUCCGGACUCUUCAAGUCAUCACCAGCCGAUCCACCUCCAGCUGAUCCCGUGAAUAGGACUGCUCCUCUCCCUUCUCUCAUUGUCAGAGAGCUCGAGGCUCUCAAAUCUCAGUAUCCGGGACAAGUCACGGUGGACUAUUUUGUGGACGAGGAAAACACAUUCAUCGGGAAAAAAACUAUAUCGGACGUUGCGGAAUCUGCUAUUCCGGCUGAGGGACCUGAGAAACGCAAGAUGAUCUUAGUCUCGGGACCGGAGGGCUUCAUUAGCUACAUGGCUGGACCAAAGCUCUGGGCGCAAGGUAUGGAGCUUCAAGGACCGCUUCAGGGGGUCAUCAAGGAACUUGACUUGAAGGAUUGGGCUGUGUGGAAACUCUGACGACCAAUUUCCUGCAUAUUCAAAUGCUGGUAGAGGAAAAGGGAAAGCAUAGAUAUCUUUAUUAUGUAUAUAUCUGUAUAGAAGUAUAGAAUCGGGUAUUUUGUCUGUCGAUAACUGACUCAUAACCUCCGAUAGCGGAGAGUCUUGGCGCUCUA